GAAAAACUUCAGAAAAUGCAACAAUUUUUUGGUUUGAAAAUGACUGGAAAACUGGAUAAUGAGACAUUGGAAAUGAUGAAGAAAUCCAGGUGUGGAGUUCCUGAUGUGGGUCUCUAUGGCUUCACUCUGCCUGGAUGGAAAAAAAACAAACUGACAUACAGAAUUGUAAACUACACACCAGAUAUGAGGAAGGAGGAUGUGGCUAAAGCAAUUGAGAAGGCAUUUGAAGUGUGGAGUGCUGUCACCCCGCUGGUUUUCACUCGCAUCCAUAAGGGGAUAGCAGAUAUAAUGAUUGCUUUUGGGACCAAAGUUCAUGGACAUUGCCCUCGCUAUUUUGAUGGCCCCCUUGGAGUUCUUGCUCAUGCCUUUCCACCUGGCAGUGGUUUAGGAGGUGAUGUGCACUUUGAUGAGGAUGAAGACUGGACCACAGGCUCAGCUGGGUUCAACUUGUUCCUUGUUGCUGCUCAUGAGUUUGGCCAUGCCCUGGGUCUCUCCCAUUCUAAUGAUCAGAGGGCUCUCAUGUUCCCCAAUUAUGCCUACGUCAGCCCCAGUGAAUUUCCCCUUUCUCCAGAUGAUAUAAGUGGCAUUCAGUCUAUUUAUGGAUCCCGACCAAAUGCCCCAGAUAAAAAGCCAACUACCCCUAACUCACCUAAAAUCUGUGGCUCCCAGAUGUCUUUCGAUGCUAUAACUACAUUCCGACAAGAGGUCAUUUUUCUAAAGGGCAGGCACUUAUGGAGGGUAUAUCCUGAUAACUCAGAAGCUGAGCGUGAGUUAAUUUCUGCCUUCUGGCCAAAUCUGACUCCUGGUAUUGAAGCUGCUUAUGAGAACACAAAAGAUCAAAUCCUACUUUUCAAAGGCAACAAAUUCUGGGUUAUCAGUGGAUAUCAGGUGUUGCUUGGUUAUCCAAAGAAUAUCAACAUACUGGGCUUCCCUAAAGGUGUCAAGAAAGUUGAUGCAGCUGUUUGUAAUAAAAAUACAGGGAAGACAGACUUUUUCAUAGGUGACAAGUACUGGAGGUUUGAUGAAAACAGCCAGUCCAUGGAGAAGGGUUAUCCUAGACUGACAGUCGAUGAAUUUCCAGGAAUUAGUCAGAGGGUUGAUGCAGUUUUUCAACAGAAAGGAUUAUUCUACUUCUUCCAUGGAUCGAAACAGUGGGAGUUUGACCCUAUUGCUAAAAAAGUUAUCAGAGAAAUGGAGAGCAACAGUUGGUUUAACUGUUAG